ACAGACGACCUGGGAAAGCAUGCUGCUCCAAGGCAACCAUACUAUCUCAAGGAAUGGGGUGCAGCAUGGCCCUUUAUAGCCUGCGACUGCCCUCUUAAAUCUGGGCCAAUUGGAGAAAACGAAGAAGUUAACAAGAGGAAUAAUUACUCUUAUUCUGCACAGAAGCAUUGGAUUUCAGGGACAUGCACCGUGCGUUCUCGUUCCCGGUGACGGUGGAGCGCAGUCGGACCAAGGAGCGCCUGGAGGCGAGUCUGGCCGGACUGUGUGAGCUGGAGCUCCGCAAGCAGAGGCAGGAGUGCCUGGUGCUGGGGGCGCUGGCUCUUGGAGACCCUCUGCCCCAGGACAGCUCCAGUGGAGAGCUGGCGUGUUUCAGCAGCUGGGGGCAGGAAAACUUGACACUUAGGCGUCAGCUGAGUGCCCUUCAGAAUUCCCCAUGGGGCCUGAUGCAGGCACUGGAACAGCAGGUGGGAGAGCUGAGGAUCGACACUGAUGAUGGCGGCUAUGACGGAGCUCAAGGAGACACGGGCGACAGUCGGCCCAGUUCUGGUUUCUAUGAGUCGAGUGGAGGUCAGUCGCCAAAAGGAAGAUCCUGUUCCACUGAACCCACAGAGACGCUCUCCCUCUGGGCUUACUCCAACGACAGGCCAAAGUCUGUGGGAGAUCCCCUCAUGCUGAAUGAAGAUCUGGAUGUGCCAGUCAUACGUACCACCCUACCCCGCUCCUUUUCUGCCCCGCAUCCUCCUCUGGAGGGCAUUGCUGAAGAAAGCUCAGCAGUGGACUCAUGGCAGUGGGACAACAGUGGUGCCAAUCAGACCUGGCAGCAGCAGCAGCCUGCAGAGGAUCAGGUAACAGAGGAAGACUAUCAGCAGGCCUUGAGGGUAGAGGGUUACAUCCUGAGUCUUCUUCAGCGUCAUACCCUCCCACCAAGGCCAUGUCAGCCUCGCACCACUGUGAGCCCUGACCCCCUUUACUGCAGUGCUUCUGGACACAGCUCCCUACACAGGAGAACCACAGAGCAACGCCUCCCUGACCCACACAUCCAUGUUGACCUUUCAGCAAACCCAAGGAGCCAGGGCUGGGGUUGUGACCUGCUGGAGGGGGAGGCUUGUGGAGUAGAGGCCCCAUCUUUGGAGGAAGACUGUUAUCUGGCUCUGCCCUACCCCCAGCCAAGGCCACACUCUCUGGCUGAGAGGCUACCCUCACCUCUGCCCUCUCUGGACCCCAACUGUGGUGUUGGUGUGCCUGACCUUUGUCGUGAACCUCUGUCCCCUCAGCAUUAUCUACAGCAACAACAUCCUAUUCAUCAAAAGCACAAUUUAGUUAGUGCUCAGUACAUCCCUGGACACCCAUGCCACGCCCCUGUGUGCUCUCCCAGACACCAAAACUCAGAGCAGCUAAAGCCCAACCGAGCCAUCACCUCUCUUGACCACUCCAACUCCAAGUCCAGAUCCUCUAAAAAGAGCAACAACGAGCGACAGAGAGUUAAAAAAUCCAGCAGUAAAACCAGUCGAUCCCAGUCUGAAAACAGCCUCCUGGGCCAGCGAGUGCUGCCUGAGCGGAGGUACAGCACCACCGAGAGACACCAAGUCAAAGUAGAUUGUGCUCAGAACCAAAGUCAAGUCACAGGACAACAGGCAGGAAGCAAUGGCCACAAUGUUAGUCGACGCUGGUGCUCCAACCUAGAGCUCAGCCAGGAUGAAGGGGAGACCCAGCCACAGAGGCGGCCUCCUCGAAAAGCCCGUCAUGGUCAUUCUUGCCCCCACUCCCAAACCCAGAACUACCAUCCCCACCAACAGCACAGCCAGCGCUGGCACCCAGACUUUCAGGAGAGAGCACCUAUUUGUCAGGGAGAGGAAGGCUACGGCGGUGCUGCCCCUGCAGAGUCCGAGUCCAGCAUGAGUGAGGUGUAUUCCCCAGCCUCAAGCUCACUGUCCAGUGACUCAGAUGAGAGUGGGGGGCUGGUGUGGCCCCAGCAGCUGCCACCCCGCCUUGCUUCUACCUCCUCCUCAUCCUCACCUUCACCACAGGCCACUGCCAACGCCCCCGCCCAACCAAAAGCCUUUGUCAAGAUCAAAGCCUCCCACGCUCUUAAAAAGAAGAUCCUCAGAUUCCGCUCAGGGUCCCUUAAAGUGAUGACUACAGUGUGAGGAAAUAGUCAAACCUGAUGACACUCAUAACUUUUACUGAUGUGUUGUAAAGCCAUUGUCAGAGCAAAAUUGUUGCUACUACUUUUCUACUCACUGAUCACAUCCUACCUUACAAAUCCGCUCUUUACACCCUAUCUACCUCUUAACAGUGUGCUCUUAGUGAGAGACAUUAACUUUAAUGGGCACAAUUAAAGAUCUGCUGGGGAUCAUCUGUGUGCAGUGUCUGGUUGAAUUUAUCUUGGAGCUGACAACCACCAGACACCAGACUAAUGGGCAUUAUUCUGCGCUAACUGAUUAUAAGUGUAAUUGCUGAGUUACACCAUGAUGACAUGGACCACAGUGAAGCUAAUUGACCAAAUUUGCAUCCAGUUUUUCUUUAUGUCUCUUGGCCUUAAAGCUAAUUUAUCACAGAUUUACAUUUAGGUUUCUAAGUCUUGAAAAACAGCCAAGCUUCUGGCAUGGAAUACAAGUUGUUAUAUCACUGCCUUUUCUCAGAAUUGUUGGUAAAUUGGGUCAGUUUGUUUUGUCAAAAAUGUCAAAGUUUUAGGAGAACAUUUCCUGGAAAGAACUGUGUGAUUUGUACAAUAUAUAUGUACAAUAUGUACAAUACGCAACCAUUUAUAAUAUCCCAGUUUGAUUUCAAAGCCUUAUCGAAGGUUCCAAUUUAUUGGAAUGAAUGGAGUGUACUAUUUGACCACUUAGUAUUCCUUUCAAAGAAUGCCAUCAAAAUUAUCAUUUUCUUGCAGGAAAUGUCAUUCCAUUUGAAUUUACUUUUUGAUAUUAGGAAUACAAACCCAUAAAAUAAGGUGUUACUUAACAAUUAAGCAUGCCAUAAUACUCAAAGCUUAGGGCAAAGAUUUUUCCUGCACCCAAGCCAGCAUAGUACAGAAAAUCUCCCAGAUGUGCAAGAGUGAACAAAAAUGUAGCAGUAAUUCAUGUUUUAAUUUUCCCACCGUCUGAACAUUCAUACCCUGACUAUGAAUCCCCAAGCAAGACACACUCUGAUAUAUGUAUCGAUCACUGAAUUUCUCUCGAUCUCUUUAUAAACUGGAUUCAAGCUGAAGCAAACUGCCACCUCUCUUUAUUGCUGCUGGCUGCUCUUGGGUCCAGUGAGCACAAAGACAUGUCUGUGAGUCAGGGAUGGGAAAGGUAGAAUCUGCAGUAAGUGGACUUAUUUACAUGCAUGCAUAGUCUAAAUGCACAGAUUGAUUAGAACACAAGGACACUGACUUUGACACCUUUGUAAAUAUGUAUGAUUUUGUAUAUACCACGAUGUGGCCUUGUUUGGAAUGAAUGUAGUUUGUAAAUAAAGACAACUUUGCUCUC